UCCAGCUGCGGGUCACGCGGGCGGGCGCGCUGCAGGGCCGGGAUCGGCGGCUCGUGGACUCUGGUCUCGCCCGCUCGGCUGGUGCACGGGACUCCGUUCUGACGACUUCGAACCCGCACAAUGGCAGUUCCAGUCAACGGGGCUCACAAGGAUGCUGACCUGUGGUCCUCCCACAAUAAGAUGUUGGCGCAGCCCCUGCAAGACAAUGACAUUGAGGUUUAUAACCUCAUUAAGAAGGAGAGUAACCGGCAGAAGGUUGGAUUGGAGCUCAUUGCCUCAGAGAAUUUCGCCAGCCGAGCAGUUUUGGAAGCCCUUGGCUCGUGCUUAAAUAACAAAUAUUCUGAGGGGUACCCAGGCCAGAGGUAUUAUGGCGGGACCGAGUUCGUUGAUGAACUGGAGGUGCUCUGUCAGAAGCGAGCACUGCAGGUCUAUGGUCUGGACCCCCAGAGCUGGGGGGUCAACGUCCAGCCCUAUUCAGGCUCCCCUGCAAACUUCGCAGUAUACACAGCCCUGGUGGAACCCCAUGGGCGCAUCAUGGGCCUGGACCUGCCUGAUGGGGGUCACCUGACUCAUGGGUUCAUGACAGACAAGAAGAAAAUCUCUGCUACGUCCAUCUUCUUUGAAUCUAUGCCCUAUAAGGUGAACCCAGACACUGGCUACAUCAACUAUGAGCAGCUGGAGGAAAAUGCCCGCCUCUUCCACCCGAAGCUGAUUAUCGCAGGAACCAGCUGCUAUUCCCGGAACCUAGACUACGCUCGGCUGCGGAAGAUUGCAGAUGACAACGGGGCAUAUCUCAUGGCCGACAUGGCACACAUCAGUGGGCUGGUGGCUGCUGGCGUGGUGCCCUCCCCCUUUGAACACUGCCACGUGGUGUCCACCACCACCCACAAAACCCUGCGAGGCUGCAGAGCCGGCAUGAUCUUCUACAGGAGAGGAGUGCGCAGUGUGGAUGCUAAGACCGGCAAAGAGAUUUUAUACAACCUGGAGUCCCUUAUCAACUCAGCUGUGUUCCCAGGCCUGCAGGGGGGCCCCCACAACCACGCCAUUGCUGGGGUUGCUGUGGCCCUGAAGCAAGCCAUGACUCCGGAAUUCAGACUUUAUCAGCACCAGGUGGUGGCCAAUUGCAGGGCUCUGGCUAAGACCUUGAUAGAGCUGGGCUACAAAGUGGUAACAGGUGGUUCUGACAACCAUUUGAUCCUUGUGGAUCUUCGUUCCAAAGGCACCGAUGGUGGCAGGGCUGAGAAGGUGCUUGAGGCCUGUUCUAUUGCCUGCAACAAGAACACCUGCCCAGGUGACAAAAGUGCAUUGCGACCCAGUGGACUGCGACUGGGGACUCCAGCGCUCACCUCCCGAGGACUUUUGGAAAAAGAGUUCCAAAAAGUAGCCCACUUGAUUCACAGAGGAAUAGAACUGACUCUGCAGAUUCAGAAUGACGUGGGUGUCAAGGCCACCCUGAAAGAGUUCAAGGAGAAACUUGAAGGGGAUGAGAAGUACCAAAGGGCCAUUAGGGCUCUCAGAGAAGAAGUGGAGAGCUUUGCUUCUCUCUUCCCUCUCCCUGGCCUCCCUGACUUCUAAAGGAGCCGGCUGGCUGCCCUUCCCCAGUGUGGACGUACCGAUGCGGCAUCGGAUCAGCUGCCUAGGAGGGGCCCAGAACCUUUUGAGAAGAGAGAGAAGAACAGCCCCACUUGGGACCUGGUCAGCUGUGUUGUGCCCUCCAAGGUUUCUUUUUGGACUUUACACAUGUAAUCUUCAAAACGCAAAAUUUGUUCAAGGCUCAUUGUUAGUAAUUCCAAGACAAGUUUAAAUUUGAACCUGAUUUUCUCACAAAUCUAUGUAAUUUUUCUGGAAAAAAAUGAAAUGUUUUUUAGCCUUUUACCCAUGAUUCAGUUAGACAGUGUGGGGCAGGGCUAUUGCAAAGAUUCUGAUGAUUUUACUCCCUCUUCUCUUACAGUUACUGGGUUUUCCCCAAUCCAAUUCAAAAGAUAAGAAGCCCAAGUUGUAGUCUGUAAAAGCUGCCCAUUUCCAACCCAGAGGGAUGCUGCUGAAUUGUGACCAUUACAAUGGAAGAGGGAAAUUCUCCUGAAGCUUCCGCUCUGCGCUUUAUAUCAGAAUGACACGCCUUUAUGAGGGGCCACCCAGUAAUGCUGGGAUGUUCUUGAGCGGCAGCUCGGUACACGUGAAAAUGGUCUUCUCCUCCACCCCUGGGCCAGGGGCAGAGCCUGGGGCUGCCCUAGUCACAUCCUAGCCUGAGAAUCAGUGGGGGUUUCCUGGCCUGUCUGAGAUAACCAACUCCCUCCUAUAAUCAGGAAACCAAUGUCACCUUCCCAAAGAAACUUUAUUUUUCACAAAGCUGAAGUGCAAAACAUAGAUGACCAUUUUUAAUAAGCACAAUCAAGUUUUUAACCACAGAAUGUCUACAAGAAUUAUAGCUUUAAAAAAUACAACCAAUUUUUAUAUUUCAAAAAUAUCUGAACUCAAAUAAAUUAAUUUCUUAAAAAGUACACUUCUCAUACUAUUUGUUUGGCAUUUACUCUGGUUAAAUUCUUGUGCAGUUACACUUAGGAGCUGCUAUUACACACGUGUGCGUCCCUACUCGUGCCCCCGGCCUGUGACAGUGACCGCAGCUCACGUGGUUGUCAGACUCACAUUCACACGCACAGACAGGAGAACAUGCAAUAAUAAAAUAGCUUUUCAAAAAAUAACAUACAGGAACUUCUCGCAGACUAUGCUUUUCACUGCAACCUUAAAGGUGGCAUUUAUUUCAACCCAGCCCGUGUCAGGCAGUUGGUGGAUGUGGUACCCCGUGGUCCUGUCUGAAGUAUAUCCCUGGGGUCCAGCACACUCUUGGCCUUUACUACCGUACAGGUGGGGAGACAGUGCUGCAGUCUCCACGGAGUGUGGAUGUUAAACCAGUCACACAUCUGCCUUCAGUUUGGGAGCCAUUAUGCUGCCAAGACAUUCUUACAUUGGGGGGACUGACUCCCCACCCCCCAACUGAAGACAAAGGGAUGCAGUGCACGCUCCCAGUGGGAGCUAAACAAUCACCCCCAGGAAGUGAGGCCCCAUACCAACAGGUUAAUUCACUACUUGUUUCAUCCCCUCCACUCCUGCUCCCUCCCUCCCUGGGGCCAUAAAGAAGCCUUCAGGAAUAAGGCCAGACUUGGUCCAGUGCCCAAAUUCUAUCAGGUGAGUCUUGUUUUGCUUCCAACUAGCAGAGAUUCAAUGUUUCUUCCUUUUUAUGGUCUUUUAAUACCACAUUUCUUUUAAAGAUUCCAGUUUUAUCAUUUUCUACCAUCACAGUUUUGGAGAAAAGCCAGAAAUGUAGCUGGUUGGCUUCAAAGCAUGAACCAAAUCACUUUCUUCUGCGCUCUCUAGGGAGCUGGAAGAUAAAACCUGACUGCUAGCUUAGAGGAUCAGUUCUUUGCAGGCCAUCGCACAUACCCAUGGGGUUCCCCACCACCUGAGACAGUACUAGCAGCAGGACAGGACACUGAUCUGCCACACACCAGCAGGCCAGGGGAGGGGGAACAUGCAUCCAGCACUAGCAGAAGUGGUCAGUGUGCAUGCAAGAUCUUCCAGGACUGCUCCUGGCCUCCAGAAAGACACUACUGAACUGCAGCAGCUGUGGCACUGGGGAUUAAAUCUGCUGGCCUUCCUAGGAUUUUGAAAUGGAAUGUGUUACUUGUUUGGGCUUGAAAUCUACUGUACUUUGAAUAUUGCAACUAAUCUGAAACAAGUUAAAAGCUUGGUGAGAAAUGAGAGGUGAGCCAUUAAGGUCUGUUUUCCAGAUUCUGGUGCAGUAUGUGUAACUUUAGCCACUGCAGGAUAUUAUGGAAAAGUGACAGCUUCCACAAUCCAAAGAUUCCACUGAAAGAGUGAGGUCCCUAGGGGAGCAGCGAGGUGUAAGGCAGCAGCUCAAGCCGUGUCCCAAGUGCCACAGGUACUCUGAAAGGCUUUAGCGGAGUUCUAAGAUGGAGAUUCUGGAAAUCACUACUGCAUAAUUGCUAAACUGACCAGGUGUUUCUUAACCUGGACUGCUUUUAGGGGGGAAUGGGAGGACUGGAUUGGAAGUUGAAAUAAUCCUCAAAGUUAUAGUUAAGUCUAAAAUACUAGAGGCACUGAUGUCCGGUUUGGGAGAAAUGUCUUUAAAUGUGCUAUAAAAACUUACUGACUUAUCACUAGAAGAAAACCUCAGAUGAAAAAUUUUGAAAAGACUAGUCUCAUUGCAUAGAUCUCCCCAACAUUCAGAUUUAUA